AUGGCGGCGUUGUUUGUUUUCGGCCAAAGAAGAAGAAAACAACGCACCUUUAAGGAUCGCAUUUCAUCCUUAGAUCAUCUGUCAGAUGUGGAGGUUGUGGACCGAUAUAGACUCUCACGAAUCGCCAUUAUUUAUUUGGAAGAUAGCCUAAGAAAUGACCUUUCACCUCCUACAAACAGGUCACAAUCGGUAUCGUCUGUGACGAAGGUGCUGGUUGGGCUUAGAGUUCUGUCUAAAGGAAAUUUCUUAUCAGAGGUAGCCGACCUGCACGGCAUAUCUAAGCAAACAGCGUCAAGGGUGUUGCAUGAGUUUGUAGACGCUGUCAAUCGAAAUAUUGACAAUAUAAGAUUUCCAAGAACACAACAAGAAUUGGCAGAAGCAAAACUUGGCUUCUACAAAAGAUGCAAAAUUGCCAAUAUCGUAGGUGCAGUCGACGGAACACUCGUCCCUAUCAUUGCCCCGAAAGACAGUGGCGAAGCCUACAUAUGCCGGAAAGGAUUCCAUGCUAUAAAUGUUAUGGCUACAUGUAGCCACGACAGAAGGUUCAUCGACAUUGUCGCCAAGUGGCCAGGGUCGCAGCAUGAUUCUUCUGUCAUGAACACCUCGUCGUUGAAGGAACACAUGGAGAGUGAGAGGCCAGGGAUGCUGCUGGCUGAUAGCGGUUAUCCACUCACUACCAGCCUGCUAACUCCGCUUGCUAAUCCCGUAACGCCUGCUGAAGCAAGAUAUAACAACGCGCAGAGCAAGGGAAGGAUGGUUAUCGAGCAGAGUUUUGGAAUCCUGAAAGGAAGGUUUCGAUGUCUCCACAAAACCGGCGGUGUGUUGAGUUACAGUCCCGAAAAGUCGUGUGCAAUUUUUAUGGCAUGUGCCAGGUUGCACAAUAUGUGUUUGGAUUGGGGUCUGACACUGGACGAUGCCCAAGUAGUGGACCCAGGCCAAGAUGCUAUGGAGGCCUGGAUGGGACAACCAGGCUUGCAGGUUCAAGAACUGCGACGACGAGUUGUGAACACUUUUGAGUGAAAUUGAACGUAGUUUGUUUGUUCCAUUUCCUUUAAUUUAAAUAGUUUGUGAUCGCUUUGUGUUAAUACAUGAUGCAAAGUAUAAUACAAAUGAAUGUGUGCACUUACUAAGUGAUGUAAAAGUAAACAACAAAUAUACAGUAUUGUGACCUUUACAUGGAAGUUAUUGGUUGCAAAUGGACUGAACAUGUUGCCCUGAUUAACAGAGUGAUCAUUUUGUACAAGUAUUACAAUUAACUGUUAUUCAAGUCAUAUAUGUAAUUUAUGCAAUUGAUAUGAAUUGUCAAAAUGGAACAAAUAACAAAGAAAUGCCAAAACAAAUCAUUCGUUUUCCAAAGUCCCUUUUUAAUGCUGGCAUAUCCGCAAUGUUAACACAUUUGUAAACAUUCAACAAGACGGCGUUUUAAAACAACGUAUUAAAGCCAUAUUUUUUAUUCCACCAUGCAACUUUGCAAACCUAAGAUUUGAGCUAAUUUGCUUAU